CCCAUUGGCAGAGCCAGGUGAGCGAUGGUGCCCCAGCUGCCCCUGCUGCUCCUCUUGCUGCUGGCCGCACAGGGUGGGCAUGGCUGCCACGGGCCGGAGCUCGACCGGGAGCUUGUCUUGGCCAAGGUGAGGGCCCUGUUCCUGGAUGCCUUGGGACCUCCGGCGGUGAGCGGGGCAGGUGGAGCUCCUGGAGUACGGCGGCUGCCCCGAAGACAUGCCCCAGGAGGCUUCCUGCGCAGCGGCUCGGAGCCCGAGGAAGAGGAUGUCUCCCAGGCCAUCCUUUUCCCGGCCGCAGGUGCCGGUUGUGAGGACCAGCCAGCGGCUGGAGGGCUGGCCCAGGAGGCCGAGGAGGGCCUCUUCACGUACGUGUUCCGGCCGUCCCAGCACACCCGCAGCCGCAAGGUGACUUCGGCUCAGCUGUGGUUCCACACCGGGCUCAAGAGGCAGAGCGCAGCAGCCUCCAAUAGCUCUGGGCCCCUGCUUGACCUGUUGACGCUGUCUUCUGGGGGACCCACAGCUGUGCCCAUGUCCUUGGGCCACGCGCCCCCUCGCUGGGCCGUGCUGCACCUGGCUGCCUCUGCUCUACCUCUGCUGACCCACCCUGUCCUGGUGUUGCUGCUGCGCUGUCCACUGUGUGUCUGCUCGGCCCGGCCUGAGACCACACCCUUCCUGGUGGCCCACACGAAGCCCAGACCCCCUGGCGGAGGGGAGAGAGCCCGACGCUCAGCUCCCCCGAUGCCCUGGCCUUGGUCUCCCGCUGCUCUGCGCCUGCUGCAGAGGCCUCCGGAGGAACCUGCUGCCCACGCCUACUGCCACCGAGCCUCGCUCAACAUCUCCUUCCAGGAGCUGGGCUGGGACCGGUGGAUCGUGCACCCUCCCAGUUUCAUCUUCCACUACUGUCACGGGGGCUGUGGGCUGCCCACCCCAGCAGACACGCCCCUACCUGUCCCUGGGGUUCCCCCGACCCCUGUUCCAGUCCUUUCUUUGUUGCCAGGGGCCCAGCCCUGCUGUGCUGCAAUCCCAGGGACCAUGAGGCCCUUACGUGUCCGCACCACCUCCGAUGGCGGUUACUCCUUCAAAUAUGAGACGGUGCCCAACCUUCUAACACAACACUGCGCUUGCAUCUAAGGUGGGGGGUCCUACUCCCUGUCCCCAUGGCUGAUGUUCCAAAUCUCACUAUUAUCAGCUGGGAGCAAAGGCAGAGUCCAGAACCUAAAUGGUUCCCAUGCCCCUUCCUCCAUUUUUCAGCCUGAAGGCCCCCUGCAUACCUUUCCCUGUCCUUGGCUAACCUGUGACAAUA